CCAAUAUAUUUUACAGCUUGAUCUAGCAAUCAAUGUCUAAUUUUAUGACAGUCUCGGGUCCUUUAUUUCACAUGCUGAAUGUUGGUUGUGUAGUGUAUCUGUAACCCCGUUUACUCUGUCAUAAAUCUAAAAUGUUCCUAGCUUUUGCUAAUAAGGAGGGGGCGUCAACUGUCCGGUAGCUGUAGAAAGUUGGACCUUCAAGUGCAACCAUUCCACACAUCAAACCCCCACUAUCAACAUGGCAGGGAUUGGCAGACUGUCAACAAAGGGCUCAGUACUCUUACUGUGUGACAUGCAGGAGAAGUUCAGACCCAACAUCUUCCAGUUCACCAACAUCGUCAGCAACGCAGCCAGACUGCUACAGGCAGCCCGUGUUCUGGGCAUCCCCCCCAUAGUGACAGAGCAGUACCCUAAAGGCCUGGGUCCCACGGUGCCUGAGCUGGGGGCUGGGGACCUGACAGCCCACGCCAAGACCAAGUUCACCAUGAUGAUAGAGCCAGUGGAGAAGGAGCUCAAAGCCCUAAGAGACCCCAAGAUAGCCAUCCUCUGUGGGAUAGAGACACAGGCCUGCAUCGCAUGCACGACCUUUGACCUGCUGGAGAAGGGUAUGGAGGUCCAUAUCGUGGCUGAUGCUGUCUCGUCCAGAAGUCAGACAGACCGGUUGUUUGCCCUGUCCCGGUUAAGGCAGAGUGGAGCCUUCCUGACCACCACAGAGGCCGUCCUACUACAGCUAGUGCAAGAUACCAAACACCCCAACUUUAGAGAGAUCCAGAAGCUAUUGGUCCAGCCGUCCCCUGACACAGCCUUGCUAGCCUUCUUCAGCUCUCUGUAGAGAAGACAAGCUCCUUCUUGUUGUCUGUGAAUGCAUCUGAAACACUGUGUGAACACAAGUACGGAAAUAAACCCAUGCUGCUGUUUUC